CGCGGCGCUCUCUCCUCCCGGAGCGCGGCCGGCCCGCGGCAGGGGGCGGGGUCGCACCUCCUCCCGGCGCCGGCGCCAGCGGAGCCUGCGGACGCCGCCAUGGAGAUCCCGGCGCUGCUCCCGGCCCGCGGGGCGCCCCAGGGCGGCGGCGCCGGCAGCGCGGCGGGCGGCGGCCGGGUCCCCGGCGCCCUCGACCCGCGGGCCGGCCAGGCCCCCGCGCGCCGCCUCCUGCUGCUGCGGGGCCCCCAAGAUGGCGGGCGCGGGCGGCGGCGCCAGGAGGCCCGCGCGGCCUCGCGGGGCCCAGGCCCCAGCCCUCUGGCGCCCAGGCCCGGGCCGGCGGGCGGCGGCGGCGGCGGCGGCGGCGGCGACGACUUCUUCCUGGUGCUGCUGGACCCGGUGGGUGGCGACGCGGGGCCCGCGGGCGCCGGCCAGGCCGCGGGGCCCGUGUGGAGGGAGGAGGCCGGGCCGGGCCCCGGGCUCCGGGGCGGCGAGGGCGGCGCGAACCCCGCGGGCCGGCCCGCGCCGGGGCCCCGCUGCCUGUCGGCGCUCCCCGCCGCGCUGCCCGCCGCGGCCCCGGCCCCGGCCCCGGCCCCGCUGGCCGCCCCGCUGCCCGGGCCGGGCCUGGGCCCCGCCGCGGCCUUCGCGGGCACCGUGACCCUCCACAGCCAGAACCUGCUGCUGCGCUUCGAGAACGGCGUCCUGACCCUCGCCGCGCCCCCGCCGCCCCCGCCCCCGCCGCCCCCGCCGCCCGCCUGGGAGCCGGGGGUCGCGCCCGCCCCGCAGCCCUCGCCGCCGCAGCCCGCGGGCCCGAUCGCGCCCCAGGCCGGGGCCCCGCACGCCGCCGCCGUGCAGCCCGCCACCACCACCGCGCAGCCCGGCGACUGCCCCGACCGGCCGCCCGACCUGCUGCUGGCCGAGCCCGCCGAGCCCCCGCCCGCGCCCGCGCCCGAGGAGGACGCCGAGGCUGAGGCCGAGGCCGAGGCCCCGGUCCCGGCGGCGCCCGCCGGCCCGAGCCCCCGCGCGCCCCUGGGCCCGGCCGCCGCCGCGGGGCUGCUGCUCUACCUGUGCCCCGAGGCGCAGUGCGGCCAGACCUUCGCCAAGAAGCACCAGCUGAAGGUGCACCUGCUGACGCACAGCAGCAGCCAGGGCCAGCGGCCCUUCAAGUGCCCGCUGGGCGGCUGCGGCUGGACCUUCACCACGUCCUACAAGCUCAAGCGGCACCUGCAGUCGCACGACAAGCUGCGGCCCUUCGGCUGCCCGGCGCCCGGCUGCGGCAAGAGCUUCACCACCGUGUACAACCUCAAGGCGCACAUGAAGGGCCACGAGCAGGAGAACUCCUUCAAGUGCGAGGUGUGCGAGGACAGCUUCCCCACGCAGGCCAAGCUCAGCGCCCACCAGCGCAGCCACUUCGAGCCCGAGCGGCCCUACCAGUGCGCCUUCUCGGGCUGCAAGAAGACCUUCAUCACCGUCAGCGCGCUCUUCUCCCACAACCGCGCCCACUUCCGCGAGCAGGAGCUCUUCUCCUGCUCCUUCCCGGGCUGCAGCAAGCAGUACGACAAGGCCUGCCGCCUCAAGAUCCACCUGCGCAGCCACACGGGCGAGCGGCCCUUCCUGUGCGACUUCGACGGCUGCGGCUGGAACUUCACCAGCAUGUCCAAGCUGCUGCGCCACAAGCGCAAGCACGACGACGACCGCCGCUUCCUGUGCCCCGUGCAGGGCUGCGGCAAGUCCUUCACGCGCGCCGAGCACCUCAAGGGCCACAGCAUCACCCACCUGGGCACCAAGCCCUUCGUGUGCCACGUGGAGGGCUGCUCCGCCCGCUUCUCCGCGCGCAGCAGCCUCUACAUCCACUCCAAGAAGCACCUGCAGGACGUGGACACCUGGAAGAGCCGCUGCCCCGUCUCCACCUGCAACAAGCUCUUCACCUCCAAGCACAGCAUGAAGACCCACAUGGCCAAGAGGCACCACCUGGGCCAGGACCUGCUGGCCCAGCUCGAGGCCGCCACCGCCCUCACGCCCAGCAGCGAGCUGGCCAGCCAGGGCCACAGCGACCUCAGCGACGCCGAGCUGGUGUCCCUCUUCUCGGACGUGCCCGGGGGCGGCGGGGGCGGGGGCGGGGGCCCUGGCGGCGGGGGCGGGGGCGGGGGCGGCCAGCACGGCUCCGCCGCGGUGCUGGACACGGCCCUGGUCAACUCGGGCAUCUUGACUAUCGACGUGGCCUCUGUGAGCUCCACUCUGGCCGGGAGCCUCCCCGCCAGCGGCGGCAGCGGCGGCAGCGGCGGCAGCGGCGCCGCCUUGGGGCCGCCCGUGGACCCCCGGGCCCUGCUGGCCACCACCGACCUGCCUCAGAGCCUGGAUACCUCGCUCUUCUUCGGGACGACGGCCACCGGCUUCCAGCACAGCCCCCUGGACAUGGACGACGUGUCCGGCCCGGGCGCGGGGCCCCUGGGGUCCCUGGGCUCCCUGGCCAUGAAGACCUGCGGCCAGGAGCCCCAGGCCCUGACGCCCAGCAGCAAGCUGACCGUGGACACCGACGCGCUGACGCCGUCCAGCACCCUCUGCGAGAGCAGCGUCUCCGAGCUGCUGACGCCCAAGGCCGACUGGGCCGUCCACCCCGACUCGGACUUCUUCGCGCAGGAGGACGAGGACGACACCCAGUUCGGCUUCUCCCAUCCCGCGGGGAGCCACGGCUGCCCGAAGGAGACGGAUCUCAUCGCCGUGACUGGCAGCUCCUUCUUGGUCUGAGCCCACGCCCUUCAUUCCUCGCCACGGGGCUGACGUCCGUCCGUCCGUCCGUCCGUCCGUCCGUCCGUCCGUCCGUGACGCUCGAUGUUAAGGAUGUUCUGGACUGUGUGUGACUGCGGCCCUUUCUCUUGGGCCCGAGAAAGAACAUGGCCCCGGGCCACGCCUUUGCAGGUCUCAACUCUGACCUUGAAUCUGGAACUGUCGAGUUGAGUGACCCUGAGCAAGUCACUUAACCUAUCUGAGCCUUAAUGUCCUUAUUUAUAAAAUGAGGUGGUUUGAAUAGAUUGCUUCUGAGGUCCUUUGAGCUCUGUGGUUCCUUGAUAAUAUACUUCUUUUCAUAAAAAAAUGACAUUUUCAGUAACGGUGUUGCAUGUGCUUUUUUAAAAAACAUGCAUAAAAUACACAAUUAUAUGAGCAUCUAUGUUUUUGGUGUCCAACUUCAACAGUUAUGAAUUCAUGAACAAUCUUGUUUAAUCUCCACUUUAACCCUCUUGCAGUAUUAUUUCGGAGUAAAUAUCAGACAUCACGUCAUUUUAUGGUUGAUUUCAACCGUUAAUACUCAAUAUAUAGUUCUAUACGUAUGGGUUCUUUUAGGAAAAAACUACAAUUCCAUUAUCAUACUUAAAGUUAACAAUAACUUCUUAAUAGUAAUAAAUGUUCAGUCCGGGUUUCAAUAUCCAAUUUUUUCAUAAAUGCUAGGUUGUUUUAAUAUUUUGAAUAAUUAGAAUACUAUUAAGUCUCUUAAGUGUCUUCUUUAUUCUUUUUUAAAUUAAAAUAUUAACUUUUUAUUUUUCAAUUAUAUUUGUCAUACAACAUAUUUCACUGUACAACAUAGUUACCUGCCAUUUAUAUAAAUUACAAAGUGAUCACCCCCAGAAGUGUCUUGUUCAUCUAUAUAUUUCCCCCUUGCCUACUUUUCUUGCAGUUUUAUUCCUUGAAAAAUUGAGGUGGUUUUACAUGUAGCAUUUGCCACAGUCUUAAGUUUUGUUGAUGACAUCCCCCUGGUGUUAAAUUCCUCUUCCCUCUGUUUCCUUAACUUUAUAGUUGGAGCUAGGGAGUUGGUCAGACUGGAAAUAUGACUUUUUGUGCAGGCAUGUUUUAUAGGCUGUGUUGUGCUCAUUUAUCAGUAGCACAUCAUGUCUGGUGUUAAUUUCGAGAUGAGAUAUCCACAGCUGCUGCUGUUCAUUGCAUUAAUUCAUGAUUACUUGUGCUUCUGAAUAUCAUGAAUUGUUCUUGUAGAGUUACUCUUAGCGGAGGAAGAUAUGCUGUUUAAGGCAUUUGUAAGAGAUUAAUAGAAAUAUUAUUCAAUGCCAAAAUAUUUUCUUAAGUAAUGAUAGAACUAGCGAGAAAAAAAGAUAACAAAAAUAUGUUGGCUGCCCUCACCGUUUAUCUUUCUGACCUCUUUUGAAAUGGGAGGUUUCCUUGUAGAAAUGGCCAGCCAGGUCUUUGACAUGAAAUGGCCCCAGGGUCAAAUUUGUGAUGGAUAAGUGGCCUUGAAUAAAUUAGUGUCACAGAGCCUCAGUUUUCUAGCUGUCAAAUGGUCCUAGCAAUGCACACACAUAGUUAACACACCUUAGACUUUUCCAGUUAUAUUAAUAUGUAAAGAAAAAGAUUUGUGUUGGUGUAUUUUGAUGAACUUAUAUAAUCUUUUUACCCUCUUAUUCCUUCCUGCUAUAAGGGAAAAAUUGGAGUAAGUUAGUCCUAUUUAUGUUCAGACAAUAAGGUUUUUAAGGGUUAAGGUGAAGCAGAAUAGGGAAUCUAUGUAUUCCCUCCAAUGAACAGUUUCCUCCCCAGGAGUUUCAGUGGGGAAAUGCUAGGAGACAUUCCUCACAGUUACUUCCACAUCCCUCUCCAUUAGAUCAAUUUGACACCAUCUUCGCUCUGUUUCCAAAGUCAGACUUCACUAGGACUGUGGAUCCUGCUGUUGCAUGAGUCACUAAUAAUGGAGCACAGGGUUCCUCCUGUCUGGUCUGGAGAGCUCAUUGUUUGCACCUGCCCAGAGUUGGAAGGAAAGAUUGAAUUUGAAUAUAGUGUAAAUUGUCACCUUAUGUGACUAUAGCAUUUUGAAUUUUUUUUCUUAUUUUUUUUCUUUAUUGAUUAAGGUAUUACAUAUGUGUCCUUAUCGCUCCAUUUCCCCCUGCACCCUCCCACUCAUGCCCUCACCCCCCUGUUGUCUGUGUCCAUUGGGCAUUUUGAAUUUUGUGGAACAUCUUUACAACAGGUAAAGAUGAAAAAGUCUUAUUUGUUAUUCAGAAUGACCCUGUGUAGUUUUGGCAAAAAGUCUGUGCUUUGGCUCAUGUGACAGUUUAGCCAACUCACAUUCAAAGUGGACUUUAGCCAGUGACUUACAGCUUUAAAAAAAAAAAGAAAAAAUUCUUUUCACCUCCCCCUUCCCACUCAUCCAACUUUCAUGAUUCGUUCCUGUGUUAUAAUUAGCUGCUGUUUUCCACUUUAAUUGGUUUAUUACUUUCUGCUUUCUUCACACUCCACUCCUUUGCAUGCACAUUCCGGUUCUUGCCAUGCUUGUCUUUUUUCUUCUUAAGUAGUUAGAUCUCUUCCUGCCACUAUCCCUCAGACAUUUGCCUCAUGGCCCAUUUUCUGCCAAUGAUAACAUUUGCUGAGUAUACACGGCAGUUCUGUGUGUACAGUAAGAAGUUAUUUUCUGAGCUUAGAUAAUAAUUCGUGUGUAUGUGAUGUGACGCAGAUAAUAGAUUAUUUUCUAUACUGUUCAGAUGAGAAGUAAAUUUCGGUUUCAUUAUUUCCAUUUUUUAAACAUUUUUGCAAAGGAGUUCUGCUAAUUAAUACUUGCUCUAGUUUAUUAGUCCAAUAGUGUUUGCAUGUGAAUGUCUAUGGAGGACAGUUAUUGUAGCACUUUGGCAGUGCACUAAAUAUUUCCACUUUGAAAUGUUUCUGUAGUGUGUGUGUUGGGUAUACACACAUAUAUUUUUACAGUGGUUGUAUUCAUUUAUUGAAGAACAAAAAUUAGUCAUACUUUUUGCUCAGAAUUUCAUUGUGUCUACUUACUCAAUUAUUUUCUCUUUGCUUUAGAAAUAUUUAUAUUCAUAAAGUGCAUUUCAAAAAAUAUUGUCAAUCAUUAAAACCUCUUAAAUAGACCACUAUUUUUCAUGUCUGACAGAUAUGUGUGUUAUGUAUUAAAAUGAACACACAAGUAGCAAACAUUAAAUAAAUUAUUUAAACAUGAAAAGAACUUAA